CCUCCUUCAACGGUGCACGUGACUCCACAUAGAGACAACUGUAGUAUGUUGUUCUGGGUCAAUUUUGGCACUUUCUUCUGACACUGCAUGAUUUAGAAGCUACCUUGUUUUUUAAAGUACAGGGAAGGCAAUGGCGCUACAUGGCGGCAGGAGCUGCAGUUUUCUCUGGCUGAGGCAGGCGCAGGCCCUUCCACAGGGUGUAUUGAAACGCUUUCCUUGGGGUACCCCGAGCAGGAUGCAGAGUUCGUAUUCGGGGGUACCGCAGGAGGAGAAGAGGCUCGAACUAGCUAUUACUGCUGACCGCACUAAUGUCGCAGCAAAGACUCCUGUACAGGAACUGGCGACCCCUGGUGGUGGGAGGAGGUUACUGAAGGAGGACCCGCUGCCCUUUUCUGCCUUCCUGACUGACAGCUUUGGCAGGAGACACAGCUACCUGCGCAUCUCCCUCACUGAGAAGUGCAACCUCCGCUGCCAGUACUGCAUGCCGGAGGAGGGGGUGAAGCUGACCCCACGCUCACAGCUCCUCUCCACAGAGGAAAUUGUGUCUCUGGCCAGGCUCUUCGUCCAGGAAGGGGUGGACAAGAUCCGGCUCACCGGGGGAGAGCCUCUGAUCAGGCCCGACGUCGUAAACAUCAUUGCAGAGCUGCGGAAGCUGGAGGGUCUGAAGACCAUCGCCGUGACGACGAACGGCAUGAACCUGGCGCGCCUGCUUCCCAGUCUGAAGGAGGCGGGGCUCAACCUGAUCAACAUCAGCCUGGACUCACUGGUGCCGGCCAAGUUUGAGUUCAUUGUGCGUAGGAAAGGCUUCCACAAGGUAAUGGAAGGAAUCGACAAAGCAAUUGAACUGGGCUACAACCCUGUUAAAGUGAACUGCGUGGUGAUGAGGGGGCUGAACGAGGACGAGCUUCUGGACUUUGUUUCCCUGACGGAAGACAAGCCCCUGGAGGUGCGCUUCAUCGAGUACAUGCCUUUUGACGGCAACAAGUGGAACUUUAAAAAGAUGGUGAGCUACCAGGAAAUGCUGGACCGAAUCAGGCAGGAGUGGCCCGGACUGGAGCAGCUUCCAGCUGGAGGCACGGACACGGCCAAGACCUACAAGGUUCCUGGUUUCCGAGGGCGGGUAGGUUUCAUCACCUCCAUGUCGGAGCACUUCUGCGGCUCAUGUAACCGCCUGCGCAUCACUGCGGAUGGGAACCUCAAGGUGUGCCUGUUUGGGAAUGUGGAGGUGUCCCUGCGUGAUUGUCUGCGAUCGGGAGCAGGUGAGGAGGAGCUGCUGCAGAUCAUUGGAGCGGCCGUUGGGAGAAAGAAGAGACAACACGCAGGCAUGUUCAACAUAUCCCAGAUGAAGAACCGACCUAUGAUCCUGAUCGCAGGCAAGCUGCAAAGGUCCCUGCCACUGCCCCGAUGCCCUCCCUCAAGACUCCAAUACCCCAAAUGGGCGAUGUGGACACACAUUGUAGACCGAUGGAUGAAGCCCUUUAAAGAGUGUUGGAACCCGAUUUUACCCUUCGUGAAGCUGACAAUGCAAACCUCAUGGUCUUCAGGAAGACCUUGCCACACUGAUGCAGUGGACUCAGGGAGCAGGACAGAUACACAGUGCCUUAGUUGCAGCGCCGACUCCAACACACCACACGCAAUCUUUUACACCAAUUUGGGACAGGGAUCUGGUACAGGGGUGGGUGCUUAUUCUAAUGCACCUGCAGAUCAUUGGAACAAGGGUGCUUGUCUCAGAAGAUCCUAUGGCAUUGUUUUCGCUGAAGAUGGCCAAGUAAUUACCUCUGACACGCACACAAGGGACUGUGAUAAGCUUACUUUGCAAGAGUCCUGUCCGAAAAUGGAUUCUGAUACAGAGAAAAACAAUUAUUCAAACAUACGCACAAGCAAACGGGACUUAAAUAUUUAUCUUGGAAAAGACGAUCGACCUCUCUCCCUAAAUGAGGGCAGAGAUUUAUUCAAUGAAGCUGAAAUCUCCAAUCUAGAGGAACGCACAAGCAGUCCGGUCAAUGAGAAUCCCCUUGAAAGUGCCAAAGGCCAUUCCGUCUCAAAAGACUUGCGUAAUCAUGGAAUGGCCAGUUCGAUAACAAACAGCAAAUUCACAUUGCAUGCAAGCCUUAAUGAUGGAGCCAGCAAUGAGACAGCCAAGACUUCUGAUCAUCUGACACACACUGACACGAAGGGCAGGGCCUCCAUGGUGGACAUUGGCGGAAAGUCCAUCACUCGCCGCUCAGCUGUUGCCCGUGCCACUGUCCAGCUUGGGGAGAAGGCCUUCAAGCUGGUGAGGCAGAAUCAACUGGCCAAGGGUGACGCUUUGACGGUGGCGCAGAUAGCUGGCAUCCUGGCAGCCAAACAGACAAGCAGCCUGAUCCCGCUGUGCCACCCGCUACCCCUAGACAAGGUGGAAGUCUCUCUGCAGCUGGAGGAGUCGGGGUGGUUCGCUGUCAUCACGGCGACCUGCCUGACCAGCGGGCGCACAGGGGUGGAGAUGGAGGCACUGACUGCAGCCUCAGUGGCAGCCCUGACCCUCUAUGAUAUGUGCAAGGCUGUCACCCAUGACAUCAUCAUUCAGGAGCUCAAGUUGCUCAGCAAGACGGGUGGCCAGAGAGGGGAUUUCCAACGGGCCAUCUGAGUUGCACAGAACCCAAAUGCAUGUGCGCAAUAAGCCCAAGGAUCUCUGAGGAGCCCAUCUCUGUUAUCUUCCUUUGACUUUGACUACCAACAAGCAGCAUGCACAGAUGGCCUGACAAUGCAGGGACUCGCAGAUUGGCAGGGGAAAGUUAAGGAUGUUCUAAACACGCAGCCUGCAAAGCCUCUCAAAAUGUCCUUUAUGCAAAUUAUGUUUAAGUAGCAAGGUAGCAUGAGCACUGAUUCUUAUAUAUAUAUAUAUAUAUAUAUAUAUAUAAUAUAUAUAUAUAUAUAUAUAAUAUAUAUAUAUAUAUAAAUAAGUGUUAGGGUAUUGGAUCCAGGAAGUAGAUGUAAGGGUAAAUCAAAGUUUAAUGAAUUAAAUGUUUUAAACUUUUUUUUUUUUUUUUCUACCAUUUUAAACUAAAGUUUCUGUAAAUUAAAUUUACCUGAGCUAAUUGGAUACCUGAUCUUACCAGCCAGUAAAUAAGAGAACACAUUUCCAUGGUUUAGGUCCUUGAAAUGGGUCCCUUGUCUUUGUACACCAAGAAUAUGAAAACCAGCAUCCCAAACAGUGCAUGCAAUCCCUAUGUGAGUUUUGGUGUUUAUUUAAGAGCCUGUAAAAACAGCAGGGAGGGGACCCAUUGAAAUGAUCUUAAACUGUUUUCCGAUGGGCCAUCUCAUAGAUUAUUUGGAAUAACCUCAUUAUUUAUACAAAUACAUUUCCUGUAUUUAUCUUCAGUCUGUAAUUUGGGGAGGCUACAAUCUUGAAGUUCGAUGAAUACAAUGCAACAGCAUUGUGGGUUUUUUUUUUUGGUUAUUUGGCUCAUUUUCUGUAUCACUGAAAACCGCAACGCUGUGGGUUUCAAAUCUUUUACGUCACUGACUUUGUCAUGGGAAGAAAUGGCAAAAUGUCCUGUUCUUGACUCGGUGUAAUGCACUGUAUACCCUUUCUCUUAGCAGCUCUCCAAGUUAACAGUUUGCACACCCCUAAGCUGCUUUUAAGCAUGCCGUUUUGUACUAACUAACCACCAAUACUCGUCCAUUAAAUCCUAAAAGUGUGUUUGUAUACCUCACUGAAAAUAAUAAUACAAAAUUAAAAAAAUACACCACCAAAACAGAAGCUGUGGUUAUUAAGUUUACAGCAUUUCUAUUCACUUCUGUUGGAUAAAGUAAUAUCUGUCUGUUUUAAAAAUAUAUAUUUUUGUGUAGGUUGGUUAAAGAAAACUCUUAGAAUUGAAAGGAUUGAGAAAUUGUUCCAUCCUACAGCAGGAAGUUAAUUUGAUUACGUUUUCUUUAACUGUGGUGGCGCUGCCCCCUUGUGGCUAUCAGUGGAAUAAUGCAUGCCAAGGAAAGGCUGUUCAAGCCACUCCUUUCUACCACACAGGGCUGUAUAUUUUUUUUUCCUUAGCUGUUGGAACUUCACCUGCUGAAAAAAAAAAGAGAAACUAUAAAACUAAAACAUUAUUUAAUCCAAACCUUUUUUUUUUUUUUUUUUUUUUUUACUAGUUUAUGCAUUAAAGCUUUGUGAAUAUGGUCCAUAUACAAAACGUUUCUAUUUUUAAGUGGCCUAAAACUAUUUGAAGGUAAAAUUGCCUUGUGUGGUUUUUUAAUUUUUUUUUUCUGGCAGCUAUGGUUCUAAUAAUGCCAAGUGGAUUCUGAUACAGGGAAAAACAAUUAUUCAAAUUCAAUAUCCCUGAACCAUUAGGCGUAGUAAUCCAAUGGUGCAGCUCAGCGUUACUGCAGUUAUGAAGGACAGCAUGGAAUAAAUGUAACCACAUACAUAAUUUUGCAAUGUACACACAAUUAAAAGGAGUGCCAUGCAGGAGACUCAUUGUGGUGGCAGUGUGUAAAUACACAGCAGAGAACAUUAUUAGUGUAUUGGAACUUUGGCAGCCUUGAAGCGUUUCCUGAACUUCUGUGUGUCUCCAAAAGUUCUUGAACUUGUGCUUUGAGUGGCCUGUUUACAAUACACUGCAACAUCACUGGGAGAACAAAUACACACUGCUAUUACUGUUACCAGGAAACUCCCAGCUAGGAUAGUGUGGUCAACAACAGCCCCAAGCUGGGAAGCUGUUCUUUAUUAACUGUCCUGCUCUGGUAACAGAACACGUGUUCUGAUCCUAACCCCAGGCACCACAAAGUCUACUCCAAAUAUAAACUGCUAGUGGUCAAAAGAAGCAGCAACUCAGAAACUCGGUUUGAUUAAUCAAAAGCUGGUCUAAGUUGUGUGUUACGAUUAGUAACAAAAUGAACCCCGACCGAGGCUGAGAUGAUGUUAUGGCAUAUUUGACACUAGAGGGCAGCAUUACACAUUUAAAAACGUUUAGAAAACAAAAAAGACAAUUCCAGAUAGUUUGCAGUAUCACCUUAAGAAACCAGAAACCUUAAAAAAUGAAAAAAAAAAGUAAUGAUGCCUUUUUCAUGUACUGUUUUAUUUUAGAUAGUAGCUAGUUAACUGAAUGACUACUAAACAAAGGAUUUGAUAUCAGUUUCCUUGCAACAUAAUAUAUAGUGCCUAUAGAAAAUCUACACCCCCUUUCAAAAUGUUCACCUUUUGUUGCCUUAUAGCCUGGAAGUAAAAUGUAUUAAAAUAGUUUUUUUUCCCCAUUUAUCUACACAUCCUACCCCACAACUUCCAAGUGAAAAAAAUAUUCUAGAAAUUUGUAGAAAAUGUAUUUAAAAUUAAAACUGAAAUAGCUUGGUUGGAUGAGUGUCCACCCCUCCUUGUAAUAGCAAUCCUAAAUUAGCUCAGGUGUAACCAAUCGCCUUCAAAAUCACACACCAAGUUAAGUGGCCUCCACCUGUGUUAAAUUGUAGUGAUUCACAUGAUUUCAGGAUAAAUUCAGCAGUUCUUGUAGGUUCCCUCUGCCUGGUAGUGCAUUUCAAAGCAAAGACUCAACCAUGAGCACCAAGGUGCUUUCAAAAGAACUCUGGGACAAAGUUGUUGAAAGGCACAGAUCAGGGGAUAUCCCUUGGAGCACGGUCAAGACGAUUAUUAAGAAGUGGAAGGUGUAUGGCACCACCAAGACCCUGCCUAGAUCAGGCCGUCCCUCCAAACUGGAUGACCGAGCAAGAAGGAGACUGAUCAGAGAGGCUACCAUGAGGCCAAUGGCAACUUUGCAAGAGCUACAGGCUUUUAUGACCAAGACUGGUCAAAGUGUGCAUGUGACAACAAUAUCCCAAGCACUCCACAAAUCUGGCCUGUAUGGUAGGGUAGCAAGAAGGAAGCCAUUACUCAAGAAAGCCCACCUUUAAUCCCAUUUGAAUUAUGCAAAAAAAAAAAAAAAAACUCAGGAGAUUCUGUAGCCAUGUGGCAAAAAGUUUUGUGGUCUGACGAAACUAAAAUGGAACUUUUUGGCCUAAAUGCAAAGCGUUAUGUUUGGCGCAAACCCAAUACAGUACAUCAUCCAAAGAACAUCAUCCCUACCGUGAAGCAUGGUGGUGGCAGCAUCAUGUUAUGGGGAUGUUUCUCAUCGGCAGGGACUGGGGCACAUGUCAGGAUAGAAGGGAAAAUGAUUGGAGCAAAGUACAGAGAAGUCCUUGAGGAAAACCUGCUGCCCUCUGCAAAAAAGCUGAAACUGGGACGGAAGUUCACCUUUCAGCAUGACAACGACCCAAAGUACACAGCCAAAGCUACAUUGGAGUGGCUAAGGAACAAAAAGGUAAAUGUCCUUGAGUGGCCCAGUCAGAGCCCUGACCUAAAUCCAGUCGAAAAUUUGUGGCAUGACUGGAAGAUUGCUGUCCAUCAAUGCUUCCCAAGGAACUUGACAGAGCUUGAACAGUUUUGUAAAGAAGAAUGGUCAAAUAUUGCCAAAUCUAGGUGCAAAGUUGGUAGAGACCUAUCCCAACUGACUCACAGCUGUAAAUGCUGCCAAAGAUGCUUCCAAAAAAGUAUUAACUUUUGUUCUUUCAGUUUUGUAUUUUUAAUAUAUCAUUUUUUUUCUCAAUAAAAACUUUUUUCCCCUUAA